AUGUCACAGUUCGACACAAAUAUCCCAGCAACUAUGACCGUGGAAAUGAUUGAGAGUAGCACCGUUUCAUACUUACAACAAAAAAAAGAGUUUUUCAAAUCCAGUUUCAGUUUCAGAUUCCAUAUCCUGCUAAUCCUUUCUUUAAAACCUCUCAUCUUCUGCGUAUCCACCGAUGCUCCAACUCCGCCCACUGUCUGCAUCGUCUGCAGCGGCAUCGGCGGUUCUCCCGUCGCCCACUUCCUUCGCCACUGCUUCCAUCCUACACCUUCCCAACCCAGUCCUCCUAACAUCAGUAUCUUUGAGCGUAGGUCCAUCGUCGGUGGUCGCAUGGCCACAAUCAAAGUUGGCGGCGACACUUUUGAGGCUGGUGCUUCGAUUCUUCAUCCCAAGAACUACCACGCGCUUAACUACACGAAGCUUCUUGGGUUGAAGAUGAAACCGCCGUCUACGUCGGAGGAUGAUGAUUCGAUGUCGUUCGGGAUUUGGGAUGGGAAGAAGUUUGUUUUCAAAACCCUUCAAGUUGAUUCCAAAUUUCCAAUGGUGCAGAAAAUUGUUUCUUUUGUCAAUUCUUUUUACUUGUUCUUCCGCUACGGCUUCUCCCUUCUCAAGAUGAAUAGCUUCGUUGAGAGUACUUUGGAUAACUUCUUAAAGUACUAUGAAAGCCCUGAAAUGAGACCCGUCUUUGAGACAGUGGAUGAGAUGCUUAAAUGGGCUGGUUUAUAUGAUCUCACAACUCGAACUUUGCAAGAUGAACUCAUUGACACCAAGUUGUCUCCCUUAUUGAUAGAAGAGCUUGUCACCGUCAUAACAAGAAUCAAUUAUGGUCAAAGUGUCUAUAUCAGUGGACUUGCUGGGGCAGUUUCAUUGGCAGGAUCUGGGGGAGGAUUAUGGUCCAUUGAAGGAGGGAACUGGCAGAUGGCUGCAGGACUAAUUAAUAAUUCUGAUGUCUCUUUGCACCUGAAUGAAGAAAUAGAAUCCAUCUCUUACCUUGGAGAAUAUUAUGAACUUAACUCCACAAAAGGAAACAGUUAUUCAUGUGGAGUCACAGUAGUUGCUCCACCCCUUGAUGAAGUAAAUAUCCAAUUUACACCUUCAAUUUCAAUUCCUGAGAGGAAAUUGCAGCAUACACAUGCAACUUUUGUGAGAGGCCUCUUGAAUCCAGCAUAUUUUGGCCUGGGUGCUGCUGCAGAGAUUCCAAAACUGGUUGGCACAGUAGAGGAUCCCGGCCUUCCAUUCUUGAGCAUUUCAGUUCUCAAGCAACAUGAGGAAAAAGAUGUAACUUACAAAGUAUUUUCUCGAGAACCAAUGGUAGAUGCAUUGCUGGAUAGCAUUCUUAGUGCAAGGCAGCAAACAAUUCGAGUAAAUUGGGGAGCCUAUCCUCAUUACAAUGCUUCGGAAGUAUUCGCACCAUUUAUUUUGGAUGGUCAACAUUUGUACUAUGUGAAUGCAUUUGAGAAUGCAGCUAGUACCAUGGAGACAAGUGCCGUUGCAGCUGAGAAUGUAGCGAGGCUGAUCUUGUCAAGAUAUUUUAGUGAAGCAUCCCUGCUGCAUUCAUCAAACUCGAAGAGCUUUAAUCCUGAUGCCGACAUGUUACAGUUGGACUUGUAGCCUAAAGUUGCUGUAAAUAUUGGUAUGUAAAAUUGAUCACUCAAUAAUGUGAAAUCAAAUUGUAGAAUAUACAAAGACUAGCUGGUGAAGAUGCCAAUCUAAAUUUGCUGCUGGAGACAACAAGAUAUUGAGGGGCGAAAGUUUGCUAGUAAUUAAUCUCGUAGGUCUCAGCGAACCCUUUUGCGACGAACCUUUCUUUAUCUCGAUCUGCACUUCCAUGUGACUAGUAUUUGACAUUGAAGAUCCAUUUGCAUCCUAUAAGUUCUUUUUCUUCUGGUAAAUUUAAGAGUUCCCAAGUAAGAACCAUUAUUUUCCAAUUGAUGUUCUCCGUUCUUGGUGUUUCCCUUUUUCUUUUUUUUCAAAGCUUCAUGAAUAAUGUUUGGAAUUUCUAUAUUGGAGAGGUUAGUGACAAAGGUACGAUAACUUGGAGAUAAUCCUCUAUAGCACAUAAAAUUUUGGUCAAAUUAUGUAAGAUGUACUUAUAU